AACAUUGUAAAAAAUGAAAAUUGCAAGAAACGUAGUUCCAUUAUUGGGAGUUUUAGUUUUAGUGAUGAUAUGCAGUGCAUGCAUGGCGGCCGCCAUGGACGCCGAAGAAGAAGAAGAAGAAUACAAGGUUUACAAGGACCCAAGCAGGAAGAUGGGAGCAAGGAUUAGAGACCUGUUGGGGCGAAUGACGUUGGAGGAAAAGAUCGGGCAAAUGACGCAGGUUGAUCGGGAGAAUUUGACGGCGGCGGUGGUGAGAGAUCGGUGCUUGGGCAGCGUGCUGAGCGGCGCCGGCAGCGCACCGCGGCGGAACGCGACGGCGGAGGAGUGGAUUGAGAUGAUAAAUGGGUUUCAGAAGGGGGCAGUGUCUUCUAGGCUUGGGAUUCCCAUGAUUUAUGGGAGUGAUGCUGUUCAUGGGAAUAAUAAUGUGUAUAAGGCCACCAUUUUUCCUCACAAUAUUGGACUUGGAGCAACAAGAGAUGCAGAGCUAGUAAGGAGGAUAGGUGCAGCAACUGCACUUGAGGCUAGAGCUACCGGCAUUCCAUAUGUUUUUGGUCCCUGCGUCUCGGUAUGCAGAGAUCCAAGAUGGGGAAGGUGUUAUGAGACGUUUAGUGAAGAAGUGGAAAUUGUGAGGGAAAUGACAAGUGAGAUUGUUGGUGGGUUACAAGGUGAUAUUCCUCCCUUUUACCGCAAGGGUGUACCCUUUGUUGCUGGCAAGACCAAAGUAGCAGCAUGUGCAAGGAACUUUGUUGGAGAUGGUGGCACAACAAAGGGAAAAGAUGAAAACGACACCGUUAUAGGUUGGCAUGAACUCCUAAGCAUCCACAUGCCUGGAUUCUACAACUCCAUCAUCAAUGGCAUUUCCACCAUUGCUCUCUCCUACAAUAGCUUCAACGGUCAAAAGCUGCACGCCGACCGUUAUCUCAUCACCGACUUUCUUAAAGGCACUCUUAAAUUCAGGGGAUUUGUCAUCUCAAAUUGGUUGGGUAUAGACAAAAUCACAGAUCCAGAACAUGCAAACUACACUUACUCAGUUUUAAAAGGCAUCCAAGCUGGCAUUGACAUGGUGAUGGUGCCAUAUAACUACACAGAGUUCAUGGAUACCUUAGGUUAUUUGGUGAAGAACAACUUCAUUCCAAUGAGUCGAAUUGAUGACGCCGUGAAGAGGAUCUUGAGAGUCAAGUUUACAAUGGGGCUCUUUGAAGACCCUUUGGCCGAUCACAGUUUAGUUCAUCACGUUGGCAGCCAAGCUCAUAGAGAGUUAGGAAGAGAAGCAGUGAGGAAAUCACUUGUUUUGUUGAAGAAUGGGCAGAAUGGCGAUGACCCUUUACUUCCUCUCCCCAAAAAGGCAGCAAAAGUAUUGGUUGCCGGAACUCAUGCUCAUAAUAUUGGAAAUCAAUGUGGUGGCUGGACAAUCACUUGGGAAGGCUAUAGUGGCAACAAUAUGACUACCGGUACAACUAUUUUAACUGGCAUAACGCGGGUGGUUGAUCCAGAGACUAAAGUAGUGUACAACGAGAACCCUGAGAUCGAAUUCAUGAAAUCCAACAACUUUUCCUACGCGGUAGUUGUUGUGGGGGAGUUUCCCUACGUCGAAUACUAUGGGGACAGCCUCAACUUGACCAUCCCUGAACCAGGCCUCACCAUAGUCUCCAACGUUUGUCAAAUCAUGAAGUGUGUUGUCGUACUGGUCUCUGGUAGGCCACUGGUGAUCGAACCAUAUCUGCCGUUCAUUGAUGCUUUGGUGGCUGCAUGGCUCCCGGGCACUGAAGGCGGCGGCGUUGCUGAUGUCUUGUUUGGAGACUACCCUUUCACCGGAAAGUUACCUCGGACUUGGUUCAAGAAUGUAGAGCAACUGCCCAUGAACGUUGGUGACCCACAUUAUGAUCCCCUCUUCCCCUUUGGCUUUGGGCUCACAACCAAAGUUUAGCUUUGCUGGUUAUAAUCUUAGCAAAAACUACCAGCAAAGAACAUUGUGAAAUGUUUGGAAUAAGAUCCAACGGGUCUGAUUGUCUGAACUCCGAAUCACUCAAAAGGUGUUCAAGAACCAUCGCUAAUAAAUGUUCAUUUUUAGUG